UUAACAUAGUUAUGUUAUCGAGAGUUGAAUGAGCCUUACACAAACAACCAAUAUAAAACCUAGGUAGCCGCCUACCCCCGAUCAAUCAAACUGCAAAAUCACUUGAUUUACUGGGUUAGGGUUUUCAGCAUUUGCAAGGCGCCGCCGAAGAAGAAGGAGAAAAAUGGGUCACUCAAACAUAUGGAACUCUCACCCUAAACUUUACGGUCCUGGUUCUCGUACCUGCCGUGUAUGUGGAAACUCGCAUGGCUUGAUCAGGAAGUAUGGCCUCAUGUGCUGCAGGCAAUGCUUUCACAGCAAUGCCAAGGAAAUUGGUUUCAUCAAGUAUCGUUGAUUACUUGAUGGUUGGUGAUUAAAAGGUCAUAAUCUUCAAAAUGGAAGUUGUUAUGUAGGGCACUGUUGGUAAUGUUUUUGGCAGGGACUAUGUAUUUACCUCAGUUUAAGCUAAUGUGUGUUUAGACACAACUCUUUGUUAAAUGAGAUUGCUCCUUAAUUCGCCUGUCUUGCUAUUUCAUGUUAGUACUUUGGUUACGAAA